AUGCAGACUGCGGCUAUAGUGGAACAGCGAGCUUGGUCGGAGCCCGGGGCCCGUCAUUUGGAGGUCAUCCUCCUGGAUGCGCGUCUCUGUACUUUGGAGCUGCCGGGCGCUCCAGGACAAGGGCUCUUUCCAGAGGUAUGGGAAAGCCUCCAGCUGUUUCUGCGAGCCCAUUUGCUGCUCUCCCAAGGUCAGAAGGUGGUGGUCCUUGCGGCAGCUACUGGCACUGUGCCCCUCUCGGAGAUUUGCGAUGCUUCAGAGUGGGAGGCUGCGCGAGAGACUGCCCGUUUGAGGGCGGUGAAGCUGGAAGCAAAAAACGGGGGGCAGCUGGCAGCCACACUUAGUUGCAGCCUAUGUUUGAUCCAGCGCCAGGCUGAAGCGCAGAAGAUGGACGCUCGCGUGUUGAUUAUUGAUGGAUCAUCCAGCGAAGUGGAUUACAUUGCUGAAAGUGCAGGUUUAGUCAGUGCAGCCUUUGCAGCCAAAUCCCAGGGCACCCUUGUGGAUGCCUUGUCUGUUGGCCAAUGUGCUUCCUUUUUGCUCCGGCAAGUUUGCAUUUUGGCCGAGGGCAAACAUGUUUCACUUUCUCAACACUAUCAACCGACCAGCGGACAGCCUCCACUGGCCGAAGUUCUGGCUCCCUCGAUGCUUUUUCACUUCAUGUCCACCAAAAUGGUGCGGAAAGAGCUCAUGGUGGCGGCAGACAGCCAACACUUACCUGCCGUGUGCAGAUGCCACGGGAAGCCAUUGGAAAUCGGGCACGUUUGCUCUUCAUGCUUAUCGAUUUACUGCUCAGAUGCUUCAGCCAUUUGUUCAAGCUGUGGCACGCGCUUCAAACGCAACCGAGAUCCAGAUCCAAAGCUCAAAGACCUGGGCGAAGAGCUGUUGGAGCUGCUGGGGGCGCCAGUGAGACAAGGGCAGCGCUGCGACCGAAAAUGGAGUGCAACAGGGGAGCACGGGAUGAAGCGUGAUCGUCGAUUUGCACAACCUUGGGUGGCAGCCGAUGAAGUGAUUCCGGCUGUGGCCGAUUUCAACAGAGGUUCUGUCAUGGGCAAUUCUGCAGUGGCCGUGAAGGGUAUUGAAGCGUUAUGCUGCAAUUCCCUGGAAGGGGAAGGGCAGGAGGACAUGAUCAGCCCGGACUUGGCUCAGGCACUUUUCAUGCACGAAGUACCCGUUCAUGUCAAUGCGACCAUGGAAGAAGAAGUGGGGCAGGCUGUCGCAAGUCUGAAGGAGAGCAAACUCCGACGCGGUCUGGCGGAUGAGGAAGACCGCAGCCGGCGACUGCUCCUCACUGCUGUUCAGAAUGACGAUGCUCCUGUUGUUCUCCAAUUUGUUGCUGAUGGUGUUGCUGCCGCAGACAUGGGCGAGGCACUACGCCUAGCUGCCGGCCGUGGCAGUGCUUCGGUGGUGCGCGAACUUGUAGCGGUGGGUCUCUCGGUGAACGAUGGCUGCCGGGGAACUGGCUACACACCGCUCCAUUUGGCUGCAGCGGGUGGCCACGUUGUGGUUUGUGAGCUGUUGCUGGACGCUUUGGCCGAUGUGCAUAAGCAAGUGGAUGGCAUCACAGCUCUAAGCCUGGCGCGGAAGAUGGGCAACAUGGAAGUCGAGGAAGUCAUAGAGAGGCACGUGGCAACGCUGCUCAUGCAGGAUCAGGGCAACGUCGCAGAUGAAGCGGCGCAGUACCGGAGGGCACACGUUUUACCACGGGUUUCGGCUAUGCUCUCCGAGGCAGUCCUUCAAGCUGCUCCUUUCGAGGAGACUCCUAGCCAAAAGCUCGAAGAGAAGGCUGACUUUUUGCAACGCAUCAUUGAAAGCGAAGCCUCGAACGGAGUCGGAAGAGAAGCUGCGGGCCCAUUGCCAGGGGCAGAAAACAUGGACAUGGCGCCAUCCACACGCGGUAUUCCAUCUCCAGAAGAUCCGCAGCCACUUUGA